AUGUACCGUACGCUUACUUUGCGACGUGCGAAUUACAAUGUCGCCGUUGUGGGUGGCGGUCUUGCCGGUUGUCUUGUCGCCGGGCGUCUUGCAAUGGAGAACUUAAGUACUAUUGUGCUUGAGGAGGGAGACGACAUCCGAAAAAAGCCGCGGUGGUAUCGAAGCAUCCCCUGCAGUCUUCUUAUCCACCGUUUCGCGCGACGCAACUACGAAAGUUGUGAAAAUUUUACGACGCCCCAAAAGACACACCGCGCCGAGGACCCGUUGGCGCCGGUGAUGAUACCCACCCCACGUGUACUUGGCGGCGGCGGCAUUAUGGGCGGCCGCUCGUGGAACCUCGGCGAUCAGAACGACUGGGAUGGCGCCGGGUGGAGUUUCCGCGAGGAGUUGCUUCCACGGGUGCAGCGCCUUGAAAACUUGGAGGACCCCCCACCGCACCGUGGAAAACGUGGCAAGUUUUUUAUCUCGCGCUCGCAGGCGCUGUCUCCCUUUUUCAAGGUAUUCUGUGAGGCGAUGUCAAAGGACACGGCCUUGACCAGUGCAUUCAACGGGAAGGAGUACCACGUUCGUCCUGGUUGCGGGCGUGCCGAAUCUUUUGUUGACCAACGAUCUGGGAUCGCCCAUACAACCCUGCAGAGUUAUUUGAUUGAUGCCAUUGCCUUGAAGCGGCCGCUGGAGGUCGUCUGUAACGCGCGGGUUAUUGGCAUCAACGCAAUAGACAACACCAAGGUGACGGCCUCUGGUGUAACUUAUGUUCGGCCGAAUGGCGAGACGGAACACGUGGGGGCGGAUGCUGUCAUUUUGUGUGCCGGGGGAAUUGGCACACCCCGUUUGCUCGCCUGUUCGCAGGGAACACUUUCAAUCGAUCCCGCGGUGGGUACAAAUUUCUGGGACAAACCGCAGGUCAAGAUGCAGUUCCGAACCCGCAUUCCUUUAAGUCACAACUGUUUCAUGGAGCCAAUUGUACAGAUGUGCAUAGGAAUAAACCUCAGGUACGGCAACCCGCUGCAUGCACUGUGCUCUGCGUACGAUGACAUGAUCUGCUAUUGGUCCAGCAGUGGGGAGCAAACGCCGGACGUAAAAUUUAUUUUUCAGCCAUUCACGAUGAACAAUGACGGCUCUACCCCAAAGGGGGUGGAGCAUGGGGUGCAAAUUAUUGCUCAGCUUGUGCGCCCCAAAAGCCGUGGCUGCAUCCGUGCAGAUGGGACGAUUGACCCGAAGUACUUGACACACCCGGAUGACGAAAAGGCCCUUUGCAAGGCGGUUGCUCGUAUAAAAGAGCUAACCAAGAUGCUGCCUUUUUCAAAUAUCUUUACCGAUAUGAUUGCGGAGCGCUUUGAAUCCGCAAGCAUCUACGGUGGGGCGUCGUUCCCUGUCUUGGACCAGGCCACAUUUCGUGUGAAGAACACUGACAAUGUUUACGUGUGCGACGAAAGUGUUUUUUGCUCACCGCUGAUAGGCGAUUCACUGCCGUACAUGUUGGCUUUGGGAGAGAAAUUUUCAGACGGGUUCCUUAGAAAGCCCGAUAUGCGAAGCAAGAGCGAGGCUGCGAUGAGGGGAAUGAACAAGGCACGGAUUAUUUAUUGA